AUGCCUUCCGACAGUGAGCUGGUGUCCAAGGUGUCCCCGACCAAGUAUCGAGCCAGUAGUAGUAGUAACAGCAGUAGCAGAAGCAGUAGCAGUAGCAGUAGCAGCAGCAGCAGCAGCAGUAGCGCAGUACCAAAACACAGUAGCAGUAGCAACAGCAGUAGCAGCAGCAGCAGUAGCAACAGCAGUAGCAACAGCAGCAGUAACAGCAGUAGCAGUAGCAGUAGCAACAGCAGUAGCAGCAGUAGCAGUAGCAGUAGUAGUAGCAGCAGUAGCAGUAGCAGUAGCAGUAGCAGUAGCAGCAGUAGCAGUAGCAGUAGCAGUAGCAGUAGCAGCAGUAGCAAUAUCAGUAGCAGUAGCAGCAGUAACAGUAGUAACAGUAGUAACAGCUGUAGCAGCAGCAUCAGUAGCAGCAGCAGCAGUAGCAGCAGCAGUAGCAGCAGCAGUAGCAACAGCAAUAGUAGUAGCAGUAGCAGUAGCGAUAGGAGCAGCAGCAGUAGCAGUAGUACCAGCAUUAGCACCAACUGUAGCAGUAGCUGCAGCAGCAGUAGUAGUAGCAUUAGUACCACCAGUAGCAACAGCAGUAGCAGUAGUACCAGCAGUAGCUGCAGCAGCAGUAGCAACAGCAGUAGCAGUAGUACCAGAAGUAGCAACAGCAUUAGUAGCAGCAGCAGCAGUAACAGCAGUAGCAGUAGCAGUAGUAGCAGUAGUACCAGCAGUAGCAGCAGCAGGCGUAGCAGCAGCAGUAACAACAGUAGCAGUAGUAGUAGUAACAGCAGUAGCAGAAGCAGUAGCAGUAGUAACAGCAGUAGCAGCAACAGCAGUUGCAGCAACAGUAACAGCAGCAGUAGCAGCAACGGCAGCAGCAGCAGUAACAGCAGCAGUAGCAGCAAGAGUAGCCGUAGCAGAAACAGUAGCAGCAGUAGCAGAAACAGCAGCAACAAUAGCAGCAGCAGUAGCAGCAACAGUAGCAGCACCAGUAGUAGCGGCAGUAACAGCAGCAGUAUCAGUAUCAUCAGCAGCAGCAGCAGCAGUAGCAGCAGCAGUAGCCGCAACAGUAGCAGCAGCAGUAGCGGUAGCAGUAGCAACAGCAACAGUAGCAACAACAGUAGCAGCAAUAUUAGCAGCAACAGUAGCAGCAACAGCCGUAGCAGCAGCAGCCAAUACCUCAAGUCUAUAUCUCCACAAAUGCAAAAAGCAUAUUUAAGUGAUGAUGACAUUCCUUUGGCAGAACUAUCGUGCACACUCAAACUCCGACAACUGCUAAGAAAAGCUGUUAAAAGAAAGCUCAACCUGUCAGUUAAUGAUGAACUGAGCGAGGAGGAACUUUAUUUGUCAAGUGCAGAAAAUAUACUUUCUUCCGACUCUGUUGAUUUAGAGCACCUUGUUUCUGACAAUUACGAAUCAGAAAAGGCUAAACAUGUCUGUGCAAAUGAUACUGUACUUCGAGAAAUUAUUAUGAACUGUCACAUGAAGCGCCUAGACAAUUUACUUAAAAGCAAUGAACUACAAAGAAUCCUAGUAAUUCCAGUGGAACCAAAUGGAAACUGUUUUCUCUCAUCCAUUUUGAAAGUCUUAACAAAGAUGAAGAUCCCACUACACUAA